AUGGAUCAUCAUCUAGCCGAGAAGAUCGAGUCUCGGUCGCACGACCUGUUCAAAGCGCGAAACGAUCGCCCGCAGCUAGAAGUUACCACUUUUGAUCGGACAAGGAGCAGUGCCGAAAAAUGGUUACUACAAAUCAAACAGCAUCUAAGCAUCGAUGAAUCUUCACAGUUGCACUCACUGACGGUUGAUACCGAGGCCUGUGCCCAAAUUUAUACAAUCCGACAUCUACGGUCGUGGACAACGCUGAAUAUAUCCCGCGAACUGUUUGAACGCUUGCUAACAACCUACAACGUGUUUCCCCAUUUCUGGAAAACCGUCCUAACGUUCGGACGAAAGACGGAAGAAAAUGAAUAUGCUUUUCCGACGUUUCGGGCGAAGGGCUCGUGUGGCGAGCAUGGGAAAUAUGAAGAAUUGACAUACGUGAUUCGGCGAGUGGAGAGAAACAAUCGCCCCGUUGAACAGGGCGAGUGCCCUUGGUCCAUCCGCCAAACGGGGGUAUAUCACAAAUUGCGAUACCCAGGCAGUGCCUCCCAAGAUAAAUCGGUGUUUAUAUUGGUGGCGCCGUCGCGAGCAGCCGAAGAUGAUAUUGCAGCGUGCUUUCGAGAGACCUCUCUCGAGAAAGACACCAUGAACCCAGCGUUUGCAGUACACGAACGGCUCGUCGUGGACAGUUUGAGGGGCUGGAUGGAAUAUAUGGCAUGGUUGGAGGAAGAGUCCAAGCAAAAGUCGAAUCGCGUCCUCGUCUCGGAUAUUGACAGCAAAAAGAUUUACUUCAGCGCCGACGAUCGCCAGCGAUUAAAGCAACUAGAGGACUACAUCACGGACCUGAUUGUAAUACUCCAGACCAUGAGCGACACCAUAUCCCGCCUUGCGAAAAGCUGCCGGCAAUACUGCGAGAUCGGUUGUCAGGAUAGGAAUACAUGUUCGUGCUGCUACAUGGUUGAAGAAUUCGAAGCGUAUGCGGCAGAGACUCGAGUGUAUUUGCAGCGCGCGGAGGUUCUCAAAGCUCGAGUGCGAUCGACAGAACAACUGUUAUCUGAUUUACUUGGCUAUGAGGAAACCAGAGCGUUGAAGCGAUUAGCGCAGAUAUCCCAUGAAGAAAGUCACAACAUCACCGAGCUUACAAAGCGAAGCGUUCAAGACGCUGCGGCAGUGAAAAUGCUGACAAUCGUCGGCCUUGUGUAUUUGCCUACCACCAUUGUAGCGAAUUUCUUCUCAACCGAGUUUGUGAAGGUCAAUGACCAAGGAGAUAUGAAUGUUUCGAGAGACGUUUGGAUCAUGGCCGUUUGUGCCAUUCCUUUGACCUUCAUCACGAUCGGAGUAUGGUGGUUCUGCGUGCGAUAUGAGCCAUGGAUUGAUUCAAGACAGAAAAUGAAGCACUUCAUUGAUCUCUGUCUGCGAAGGAAGAAGAAGGAAGAGGGAGAUUUGGAAGGAGGCAUCCAGCAUGUACUUAUCAGGAAGGAGUCCACCAUGUUCAGCUUGAUGAGUUCGUUUACGGAUCGCUGGCCAUCUCCCAAGAAGCCAGAUUCAUGA